AAAGUUUUGAACUACAUAAUGCGAAUGCGGAAAAAGUUAAAAAAUGCAGCCAUUUCGAAGCCUAUUCGUAUGUGGAUAGAUGGAAAAUGCUUCAAUAUCAAGAAAUGGAGUGAUACGAAAAAUUCCCAGUCGGAUACUACAGAGCCCGAAGGAACACAGAUUUCAAACGAAACGGAUUUUAUCGUAAGAGAUGAUGGAAAAGUGUCUGUUAGUUUCGAGUUGCCUCCAUACUAUUAUGGGAAGCUAACGCACUUUCCUAACCGUAACCUCUUUUUUGACAACUUAACUGCUAUAAGUAGUAAAUUAAACACUUCCAUUAAAGUACCCGAUACCAGUGGCACGAUCGAGAAAAUUUACGUUUGUGGAGAUUCUGAGGCUAAGGUUAAAGAAUCAUUCGAUGGUAUUCUUUCAAUCAUCGCACAAAUAAGACAAAUGGCGAAACUCACUCACUUCAUAGGAAUACCUUUAGUGAGCGAUGAGAUACAAAGCAAUUUUGAAAUUUUUAAAAGCGAAGUUCUAAAAUUCGAAAACACGAGAGGCUUGGAAGAAUCGAUAUUUCAGAGUGCGUUGAAACUGCAUCUCACUAUCGAUGUUUUGGUGCUUUUGAGCGAAGCUGAAAAGAAGGAAGCUAAAAAAGCUUUGCAGGAAUUUAAUGACGACGUUCUAAAACCUUUAAUAGCUCGAAAUGGUCCGAUAAAAAUUCAUGUUUCGGGAAUCACCAAAUUUGAUGAUGAGAAAAUCGAUAAAGUUAACGUCGUGUUUGCCAAGGCCAAAUUUGUUAAUGAAACUGAUGAAGUUAAUUUACAAAAAAUUGCCAAUGCCCUCUUAGAGCACUUCUAUGAAAAGGGUUUCUUGAAAACGUAUAAAGAUAAUGUUGUUCUUCACAUGACGUUGAUUAACACAAAGUAUAGAAAAAAGUCGUCAUAUAGGAACAGUCGAAGACGAUAUGAAAGCCUCGAUGCCACGAAAAUCAUGGAGAAAUUCAAAGAUUUCGAGUUCGGAACUUGCGAGUUUAAAACGCUUACCAUAUCAGAAAUGUCUUCAGUCGGCGAAGACGGCUUCUAUCGCAGUUUAAUACGCGUUGAUGUAUAAUUGGUUAUUCUGUUAAAUAGUUAUAAUUUUUAAAUAAUAAAUUUUUGAGCUCAAUUUUUGUCGAGUGUACAGUAAUGUAAG